AUGCUUACUUCGGCCUUCAAGCGUUUUGCCGGACAGGAAACAAUUCUUAAGGCUCUUGCACGCACAGAUGUUGACAAGUUCAUCGAGGGUAUCGAUCGUAUUGUCGUUACAGUCGGCGCAAAAGGCGGUGUUGGUAAAUCUACAGUUGCUGUUAACACAGCUCUUGCUCUUGCUGAUAUUGAUAACACAGCAGGUGUAUUAGACUUAGAUCUCUUCGCUCCUUCAGUUCCACAGCUCUGCAACACAGUUACAAAUAAUCUUCAACUUUCAAAAGAGAAAAACUUCCUUCCAAUCUCAGCAUACGGUAUCGAAACUAUCUCUGUCGGUAAUGGCACAGAGAGAGAUCAGGCUUUGCUCUGGAAUAGCCAAUUUAUUCCAAAACUUGUCGAACAACUUUCAAAGAAAUCAGAAUGGUCGAAUCUCGAUUACCUCAUCGUUGAUGUUCCAUCAGGCAGCAUCGAAAUUCUUUCUGCUCUCAACGACCACGUUCAUAUUGACGGCGCGAUCGUUGUUACAGGCUGCGAUCAGUUAUCACAGACAUCUACACUUCGUACCAUUGAUGCUCUUCACAAACUGAAGAUCCCAGUCUCUGGUAUUGUUAAGAAUUUCGAUAAUGAGAGAUGCAUGCACUGCGGAACGCCAAUUAAGCACAAGCAACCAGCCGAUGCCAUCGAUGUCAGUCGCGAGACAAACGUAGACGUUCUUACUUCCAUUCCAAGAGAAAAUGCGAUCGCAAUUAGUGGCGAAAAGGGCUUCCCAGUUGUUCUUUCCGAUCCAAACUCCAAUGGUGCUGCAGCCUUCAGACAAUUAGCCCGUAAAAUCAUGGCAAAGGUUCCAAAGAGAACAGAAGAGCAAUUAAAGCAGAUUCUUAAGGAAAGAGAUGAAAAGAGGAAGCAGCAGGAAGAGCUUCUUAGAAAGAUAGAGGAGGAAUACAGAAAACAAAUCGAAGAAGAAAAGAAGAAUAUGGCAAAGGCUGAAGAAAAGAAAACAGAGGAAAAGAAAGUAGAAAACAAGUAA